AUGGCAUUUUCAUCAUCACAAGAUUUAACUCAACAAUUUGAUGAUCUUAUGUUUGAAUAUUCAACGUUAAAAGAUACACUUUCUCGUCCACCAUCCUAUGAAAGUCUAACAGAAAAUACAAAUCUUAUCCAUAGAAUUGAUCAAUGGGAAACUGAUACUAUUCGUCAAGUUAAAGAGACAGCUGAACAAAUACGAGAAAAAAUUCGUCGUCGAUCAGAUACUAUUGCAACCGAUCGAUUCACAACGGAAUUUCAACAAUUAACUGAACAAUUACAACAUACUCGACAAACACAUAAUUUCACUGAAUCACGUAUUCAACAAUUAACAACACAAUUAAAUGAUUUAAAAUUACAGGUUGAUGAUUCAUUAUUAACUACAGCUGAAAUUCGAAUAGUACCAAUUGAUUGGACAAAAUAUCUUUACAUUGUCAAUAAACCACAACAACAACAACAACAACAACAAAUUGGAAGAAAUCAACGAACUAUUUAUUUCGAUCGAUUAACAACAGUUCGACCUCGAAUAAGUUUAGAUGUUAAAGGUGCUGAAUGGCAUAUUUUAGGAACUGCUUCAUCACCAAAUUCAACAUUUCUUCAUUAUCAACAUUCAAAAAAAAAUAAACGUUUGUCGAUCGUUGAUUUUCAAGGUCAACAGAAAACAAUUCCAUGGCAUGAAGAUCAAUCAAUAUGGGAUAGUUGUUGGUCAUCGUUUCUUAAUAAAUUUAUUAUAUUAGGUGAUAAUCGAUUGUAUACAUAUGAUGAUAAUGAUGAAUUAACAACAUCAAAUUCUAUUAAACUCAUAAAAGAAGUUAAACCAAGACGAAAUAAUAUGGAAUUUCUUCGUUGUUUUUGUUCUAAUGAAACACUUUUUAUUACAUAUGAUGAACGUAAUACUUCAGUUGAUGAAUAUAAUAUGAAUCAAUGGACAAUGAGUCGAACAUAUGAAAAUAUAAUUAAACAAAAUGAAAUAAUUAUUAGUAUUACGAUUUCAGUAAUAAAUCCAAAUUUAAUUGGAUUGAUAAUACUUGAUGAUAAACAACAAUGGCAUUUUGAAUUACGAGAUCGAUCAAUGACAUUUAUUUUAUCGAUACAACUUGAUAAAAGUGAAUUUAAUCGACGAUUAAUAUCAUUACCAAAUUCAUCGAUGAAUUGGCUUAUUAUUCAUACUGGAUCAAAAUUUUUUACAAUUAUUGAUGAAAAUGCACAAGCUAAAGAAAUAAUUGAAUGUACUGAAAAUAUUGAUUUAGCAACAUAUAUUCCUGAUAAACAUUGUUUAGUUACUUUAACUCAAAAAAGUAAAUUAAAAUUUUUUGAUUUAUAA